GAGAAAACAGAAAGUAUUGAUUGGAACUGUAUUAAUCGCCUUUUAUGAUUGUUUAUUCUUGUCAAGGCCCUUUGGAGUUGAUUGUGAAAUGGAAUGGUGUUCUAUGGCUUCUGUCUCUGCUAUCUGCCCUUUCUUAUUCCUUUUUUUUCCUUCUUUUAUAUGCCUAUCUUCCUUUAAGUGACUCUCUCUUUAUUAUUACUGGACCUUGGUCUGUUUUUAUUAGGCACAUUUUUUAUCCGGAUAGAAUACACCUAGGUGUCGACACAACUUGAUCACAUGGAUGGGUACGUGGCAGGAUCGAUUGGAUGAACAUACAAGAGGAUCAACUAGGUAGUUAUGUCGUUGGGUCAAUUGACAGAAUGCAAGGCUGGAUCAAGAGAAUAGUACAGGAUCAGCAAUAUGGAUUUGCAGCAGGAUUCGAUUGGAAGAGAAGAGACUCAAUUGUGCAAACGUCUUUUUUUUUUCUGGUGGGCUUCUCUUUCCGUUUGAUUCUUAUCGCGACGAUUCUCUUAUCACCGUUUAUAUUACUUGUAGAUAAUUAUUCUUUAAUAAAGCUACGAUCAUGUUGUCCUACCGCUGUUAUCAUUGUCUUAGUGUCAUUUAUCAUGAUCUCCACAUUCUUAAUAGUAAUCAAACCAUCACCAUCAUCGAAUAUCUACUAUGAUGGCCAUUUGGCAAAGCAUGUUCGUCCUAUUUUUUUUUUGUAGGUGGUGCUAUUGAGAAAAUAAAAUACUUUGGAGAUUUAUAUCUUCCAUUACCGGAUGACUGGAG